CAUUUGGCCUCGAUCGGGUACGAAGCUACUGCAUCUUAUCGUCGUCGUGGCCAUUGGAUAGUCUCUUCCUAAACGAUGGACGACGACAGAGAUACAACACAGGCAAUGGCACAACUCCGCACUGGCUCGCAUCCUGUACCAAUGCCACACCUUCAAAAGCCGCCUGGCCACCUCAGCACAGCUCAUAAUAGUCCUCGUUCAGCAAGUCAGACAAGGCCAACCCCUCCAGCUAUUAGAGAAGCCGUACAACCUCUCGAUUUGAUGGUCAAUCUUAAGCGAUCCGAAACGUCAGUUGUCAAGACAAGGUCAGGUAGUGUCCUCUCCAGGGGGUUCAUCCUCAAGACAGAUUACCAUCCGUCCGGCCGUGCCCUCGACAUUGACCUUAAUGUUCAUGGUGCCCCAAACUUCAGAGCGCCUCGCCAAGGUAAUCUCAACGUGUACGGAGUGGCACAGCCCCGCACACAGGGCCUGCGUGCCAUACUGUCUGUGCUCAGAUGUCGCCCGGGUACCCCCGAUCCUUCGCACGUGGUUUGGUUCUCUACUCGAGAAGAGCCAGUCGUUUAUAUCUCCGGGCGCCCUUUCGUGUUGCGUGAUUCUUCGGAGCCACGCAAGACGCUCUCCUUGUCCGAUCGAGCUGAAAACCUAGAGGCAAUCGAGAUCCGCUUGAAGAAUGACAUACUCCAGGAAGCUACCAAGUAUGGUGGACUGAUUUUGACUCACAACGAGCUCCCUACCGAAAGAGGGGACGGCGCCAUUUUACCAACGUGGACGCAUGUUGGCGAGACAAAUGUGAGAACGCCCCGCGAGCUAUGGGAGAACAUGAGCUUAGAUGGUUGGAAUGUGGAGUAUCACCGAAUUCCUAUAACUCCCGACCGCCCGAUAGAGGACAAUUAUCUUGAUGCGUACCUACGGGUCAUCAAGGAUACUGACCCUCUGCGUAGCGCGUUGGUCUUUUCUUGUGGCGUGGGUGCCGUACGCACCACUUUUGCCAUGGUUGCGGCCCUGAUAGUGAGAAGGAGGAUGGCAAUUCGUCAGGGUUUCGAGGAUCCUUAUGCAAACAAGUCGUUCCUCAGUAUGAUCAAUUCCAGCCCAGGUAAGGUAGGGGGCGGUACCCCGGGAUAUGUUACCCCAACAAACCAACCCGCCACCGACUUAAAGCUCGCACAAGCGUUGGAUCAUGCAAGCGCACAGCAAGAUUCGAAUAAAUCAUUAUUGCGCCUGACUUAUUUGUUGCAACAGCAUCUGCAAUCACAAUCUGCGAUUGCUUUGCUCAUGGCGCAACCUUCGUUACUGGAGAACCUGCGCAAGGCACACCAAGGCAAUUACAGCGCCAUCCUUAGCUUGCUCGGUUGCUUAGACCAAGGACUUCAAGCGAAGCGGCUUGUCGAUCGCGUUGUCGAUACUUGUGACCAUGUAAUUAAUCUUCGGGAAGACGUUCUAAUCCUCCGGAUCCAAUAUGCCCUUACCACGUUAGAUCAAGACGAAUACAGGAGAGAGGAGCUACUAAACAAGGCCAGCAGGGCACUUGAACAGUAUUUCUUCCUAAUCGCAUUUGCAAGUUAUGUCGACUCCGUGCCUGAUUUCGACCAGACGUUUUCAGAAUGGUUGAAGACUAGAUCUGAAAUAUGGAACCAAGUGAAGUUCCUCAGGAAAUCUCAAGGAUCCAGGUUAAAUGUUUUUGCGCCCAUCAACGAUCUCUCCCUGUUAUCUCGGUCAGGACCCGCCGAUAAAUCUCUGGUGGCGGGCAAGAAGAACGAUGUAGAAAUGGCAGGUGGGCAGUUACUUGGAGAUGAGUACACAGAUCAUGUUGUGAAGAAUCGCAGUGGCAUCAUUUUGCGGGAAGGAACGCUGUUGAAGUCCGACCAAUGGCUGUCGAGAUCACAGCGUGUCCUACACUCUGUUCGGGGUGCCAUUAACUUUAGGAAUGUCCCAGGCACCAACAUAUAUGCUAGCGGGCAGCCCACCGAAGCAGCAAUCGACGAAGUGGUUGGCCUUGUCAAGGAGAACCAUCCAAAUGUUAAUAAGAUCGUGUGGGUAACAUUGAGAGAGGAACCGUUGGUCUAUGUCAAUGGUGCACCGUAUUGUUUGAGACGAGAACGUUUCACCCUUCGAAACAUGAAGGAUUAUGGUGGUAUUUCCGCAUCCCGACUGGAAGUGCUAGAAGAACGGCUAAGAGAUGAUGUACUUGCAGAACUCGAAGCAUUUGGAGGAAGGAUCUUACUGCACACCGAGACCACUGAUGGCUCUGUUAUACCUGUAUGGGAGGGCGUGCAGCCAGCGAAUGUUGCAGUCCUCAAGGACAUCAUGGCGUCGUGCCGGUCGAACAGCGGGGUUGAGGUCCAAUAUGCCCGUAUUCCAAUCACUUCAGAACACCCACCAGACUUCGCAGAUAUCAGGGAACUAAUGGAUCUCGUAGUUCGCAAUGAAUCUACAAACACUGCCAUUGUAGUCAACUGCCAGCUUGGUCGUGGGCGCAGCACGCUGACUACGGUUAUCAUUCUUUUGAUUCAACAGUGGCUCAGGGAGAAUAGACAGCUUGACCAGACGCCUUCUCGGAUGAUUAGCCGUUCCCGGUCUCUGUCCACAACCUCCGUUCCUGGUACAGAUGUUUUUGGUGAAGAACUCGUGAACAGGCGGCAUUCGUACCAAGUUAUCAACAGCCUUUUGCGUAUCGUACGCAAGGGACCGGCAGUGAAAAAUGCCGUCGAUGAAGCAAUCGACCGAUGUGCUGUGGUAUUCAACCUCCGGGACCAUAUCGACGCGGAGCGCCUGAAGGCAGAGCAAGCUACAGACGAGAAGCAGAAGCGUAUCCACGCGUCGAAAGGUCUACACAACUUGCGUCGUUACUUCGAACUCAUAGCCUUCCAAGCAUACCUGCAAUCUACUAAGCCUGAUACGAUCAAAUCUGUUGAAACAUUCGAACAGUUCGUCGAGAGUCGACCGGUGAUAAAGACGUUUGAGAAAGAACUUCAUGUUGACAGCCUGCAUGCCCUAACGCCCUUGGAGCGAACCGAUGUCGACGGCGGGGUUGCUCAUCCUGACGAAGUCAAGCAAGUAGUGAUCAACCGUUCCGGUAGUAUCUUGUCUGCAUCUACGAUCCUAAAGAGCGAUUUCUUUGUCAACCUGCAGAAGAUGACACUGCCAGAGCGGAUUGAAGGUGCCCCGAACUUCCGUCGCGUACCAUUGACUCUCAAAUUAGUAUCAUCCUUGCCCGGAGAUCCCACCUCUGUGGUUGUAAACGCUGGCGAUGGGAAAAUGGUCUGUGGAAGCGGGAUGCCCACUGUCCAGGGGCUUCGUCGAGCACUAGGGAGAGUAGAUGCUGGGCCGAACGGCAACAAUAUGGUGUUUUGGACUUCAUUGAGAGAGGAACCUGUCAUAUAUGUCGCUGGGCGGCCGCACGUCUUACGACUUGUCGACAAACCACUGGAAAAUGUGGAGGCAACAGGGGUAACUACCAGCAUGGUGGAAAAUAUGGAAGAAAGAUUCAAGCUGGAUGUCCUUCGCGAGCUCAGACAAGGGGAGGGGCGUAUCCUUCUGCACGACGAGGUCGAAGAACGUCCUGGCGUGUUUUCCAUCAUACCCAUAUGGGAAACGGUUUCGGAGGAUGACAUUAUGACACCUCGUGACGCUUUUAAUUUGAUGGUAAAGGAAGGCUUCAAGGUCAACUACGAUCGCGUAGCCAUCACUGAUGAGCAGGCACCGCUUCCGGACGCGCUCUCUCAACUACUAGAACGCGUACGGCUAGGUUACUCCCAAGCCGGAGACUUUAUUUUCAACUGCCAGAUGGGCCGAGGCCGCACGACGUCAGGAAUGGUUACAGCCUGCCUGAUAUCAACGAUCAUGAACUGGUCCAGAGAUAUCCACCUUGAUGAUACUUCCGAUGAUGUGGACAUCACUGCGUACGAUAUGAUUGAUGGUCCCUCUGAAGAGGAGGCAUACUUACAGGGGGAGUACAAAACUAUCCUACAACUUAUUGGUGUUCUGUCCCAUGGGAAGCUGGCGAAACGCUUGACUGACCGUGCCAUUGACCUUAUGCAAGACGUUCAGAAUCUCCGCAAGGCAAUAUAUGACUACAAACUGAAAGUGGAUGCUUGCGAGAAGGGAAGCGUCAAGUACCGCAAGCUGAUGAGCGUCGCCGUUAAUUACCUAUACCGUUACGGAACGCUCAUCGCGUUUGCGAAUUACCUGCUGGAGAUGCGAGAGUUCCAUAGACGAGAACAGGAAAAACCAUUUUCGUCCUGGCUCCGAGAGCACCGGGAGAUAGAGAAGUUGUUGGGGAGGAAGUCGCUUGACUAGAUAUCACCUCGGCAAGACACCUGUAAAUACAUAUUCCACCUCCCUUGAUACGUGUUGAAAUGAGG